CGGUGGUUGAUGGUGCUCGGCUCCUGGAGAGAGUCGUCGUCGUGUUCUGUAUUUAUAAAGCUUUCGUGAAUAACAAAUUGAAGAGUAAAGAUUGAAACACUCCUAAGGAUUUAGAUACAAGGGUUUGAAAAAUCAGUGAAAAUCACGAGAUUGAUAUUGCGGUGCAAAGUGAUCCGUGCGAUAUCGUGUGUCACUGGGGCGGCUUGGCACGAGAUGGAUCUUGGAGCAGGUGGCAGGUGAGGCCGCGCGAGAGGUGAUUCUCCUGCCACAAUGCCUCAGUAUCAGUGCUUGCUGACCCUGCACAGGUAGUCACUCCUGCCGCCGCCUCGCCUUCCCUGCGUCCUCCAUUGCCCUCUCCGGUGCCGCCUCACGCACCAUGUCAGACUAUGUUGGCGAUGGCCUCGGGUGGUCACGCGGCUGCAUGGUGCCUCCCGUAGCCCUUAUGUCCUCCAGGGACACUGCAACGACCACCUGGCGUUCUCCUGGGGACGCCCGUAUAGUGCCAGGCCCCUCCGUCAGGGCCUCUCGAAGUGCCACAGUAACCGCGCGCUCCUUCGCCGGAAUAUCCCGCCGUCGGGGACUGCCGGCAUGGGGCACCAUAGACCCUCUCGCCCCUCCUGCGCCAACGCCCUUGGCGGCGCCCUUGGAAAGCGUGGACAGGUCGGGAGAGUCGCCUCUGGUGACGGUGCAUCUGAAGAACCACAGCUGUGCGGCAUCCGGUUCCGAGGCCUUCUUCAACCUGAGUCAGCACGGCGGGCGCCGCGGCACCGCCAUCUCCCGUUCCUCCUCCUGCGUGUCCGCCAUCAGCAGGAGCUCCUACCGCUUGCACUCCAUCGCUCCGCCCACCCCGCCCACCAUCCCCACGACCCACACCAGCCUGGGGCGUCGCACGAGCAAUGCCCUGAACAGCCGGAGGGUCGGAAGGAGUUACAGCGUGGCCCCCGCGGACUGGUCCUCCUCAGCCAUGACCGGCGCGCGCGUGGUGGGGCGGCGCGCCCAGCGUCUUCAGCUUCCCGCCCUGCCCGUCCAGCAGCAGCCACCUACGCCCAGGGAGCAUAAGCUGCCGCACCCUCAGAGCCAGCAGUAUUACCACCAGAACAUUUUGAUACAUCAGCAGCCCGAGAAGCAACCUGCAUCUUGUGGCGUUUUGGAUGAAAUAAACCAAAAUGGGGAAAGCGACAGUGCACCGUCGCUCCCGCCCGCGCUCCCGCCCGCACGUCCGCAGCCGCCGACGCCCCCACCCCUCCCUCUCAAGUGGCAUCGCACCGCCGCGCCCAGUACCUCCGGCUGCAGGUGUCAGCCGUGUAGCGUCGGCGGGCUGGUGGCGCGUGCCUACAAGGCUGUGCUGAAGGCUGCGUCCACAUGUAAGUGCGAGGAGAAAGCCACGCUUAGGUACGCCCGGCUGGCCAUAAGCUCUUCUGGCUCAGUGCCCUUGCAUGUGGCCUGCGCCGUCACGUCCGCCCUUCGGGAACUCUUCGAUUGCGGGUUUUGUUCAUCUUUAUAUUCUUUUAAGAGGGCAUUGUGUGGAGACAUUUUAUGUGUUGAAUAA